CACGUGCCUCACCAUCUCUUGUUCUCACACUCAACUCUCUUUCUGGGGUUUCUUUCAUCUCUCUCAUUCUGCUGCUGCAAUUCAAGUACACAAAACGUGAAAAGCUGGGAUGGAGACCAUUGAUUCCGUGGAUGACCUCUUGGAGUUUGCAUCAGACAUAGGUCAGGAAGAUGAUGAUGAUGAAAAAUCUAGGAAAGCCUGUCCUUCACUUAACUCAAAAUGUGGUGAUCCAUCAUUCUUUAACUCAUUGGACCUGGAUGAUCUAAACCAAUCACUUUCUGAGUUCGCAGAAGAGGAUCUUGAAUGGCUAUCCAACAAAGAUGCAUUUCCUGCUGUUGAAACGUUUGUUGACUUAUCAUCUAUUCAACCAGACACAACCAAGAACCAAAAAACAGCCCCAGUACUUGAGAAUAGCACAAGCAGUAGCAACAGUAAUAACAGCUCUAAUAGUAUCUCCCUCCUAAACAGCUGUGAUCACCUGAAGGUCCCAGUCCGUGCGCGGAGCAAGACUCGCAAUAGGCGUCGCCCUGGCAAUGCUGACAACUCUAGUCAGACAGUAUGGGGAGGACAACCAAUUAAUGAAAUUUCCAAAGCAGAAGAAGGAAUACAAAUCUCGCCCAUUGGUAGGAAAUGCCAGCACUGUGGAGCUGAAAAAACUCCACAAUGGAGGGCAGGUCCCCUUGGGCCAAAAACACUUUGUAAUGCAUGUGGGGUUAGGUUUAAGUCUGGGCGGCUCGUGCCUGAGUACCGUCCUGCAAGUAGCCCGACUUUUCGUAGUGAUUUGCAUUCUAAUUCCCACAGGAAGAUAAUAGAGAUGAGGAAGCAGAAGCAUACAGGAACAGGAUGAAAUGCAAAGUGGUAGUUAGCAGUGCUUUUAGCAUUCAGCGUGCUAGGACUUAGAGAUUUGAUUUUCUUUUUGAUUUUGAUUUUUUCUAAUUUAAUUUUUCUUCCAUUUUUAUCAUGGGAUGGUUUUAGACAGGGCAGUGAAAAUUCUUGAUUGAAAAUGAAGUUAGGGAGAUCUUAAAUCACGAAUCUUAGUUAUGCUGAAAACAAGGAGCCAAUGUGGGAUCUUUUGAUUUGAUUUUUUAUGGUUGUAGCAUGUACCUUGGUUGGGGAAGGUAAGUUGCUGGAAUGAUAUGAUUGUGGUUCCUUUACCAGAGAGUAGCUUUUAUGCUCAUCUGAACUAAUUCUUAAUUGUUAAGACAGAAGUGGUGUAGUUGAUUGUUGAGGAUUUAUGACAGCAUUCAAGGACUGAUGACAUCAUUAAUGUAUUUGGAGAAAAAAAAAAGAAGAUAAAAUGCUGUCUUAACUCAGAUGUAAAGACAGGUAUGUUCUUUAUUAUUUGAUCCUCCUCUUAAAGAGGUCAAGAUGUAUGCAACAAAAUUUGAAUGAAUCAAGACUUGACUAAUUGGUGGCAACAU